AUGUCCAAAAUUGAAGACACAAAAAUCAGAAAUAAAUUGCAUUUUGAAAAAAAAACGUGCGCGGAGUACCUACCAAAUAUAUUUUUUAUGCCCAUUUUAUUAUAUAGAGAAAACAGUUUUAAAAUGACUUCGGUUCCAAAAUUUCAUAAUCUUGCUUUAAAGCAAAAAUCAUCUCCUAUUGAAAUUAAAGAAAAAAUGAGAAAGGACUACAAAAGUAAAGUACAAAACUGCCGUGGCAUGUUAAUGGAUAAGUUUCGAGGGUCUGUUACUGAAUCAGAGUUGCAUAACACAUUGACUGAUAUAUAUAAAAGUAUGUUUAAAUUUCCUAAAGAAAAUAUUAAUGAAGAAGAAGUUGAAUUUUUAGAUGAACUAAAAGGUGAACUUGUACAGGAGGAAUUAGAAUGGUGGACCAAAGAGUGCGAACGAUGUCAAAUGCUAGAUGUGGACUGGUCUUCUAUGGAGGAGAGUAACAAUGUAAUAUGUCCUGUUUGUCAAAAAAUCGAUUUGCAGCUGAGUAAUGGGAAUCUACGUUGCACUAGUUGUAGCAUCUCUAUACCAACACAAAAGUCAUUAGCUGAAAUUAAAAACGAUAUAUUUGGUUUGGUAGAUAAUCAUAAUUCUAUGUGUAAUAGUGAUGUACAGUUUGGUCUUGUUACUGACUUCAAUGAAAGCCAUGUUUAUUUACUGUGUGAAAGUUGCACAGAAAUGAAGUUAGUAAUAUAG